AAAAAACAGAAGAUGACCGUGUGGAGGAGUUGUCUACGCGCCUCCUCCUCUCUCACAUCAACACGUCACCGUUUCUCUCCUCUCCCUCUCCUCUUCUCCUUCUCCUUCUCCCACUCUCCUUCCUUCACAUCCGAUCCCCUCUCCUCUCCGCCUCCUUCUCCUCCAUCUCCCUCACCAUGUUUCUCCUCUCUCCACCGUCGACUCUUCUCUUCUCUCCCCGACCUUCCUCCCGAGCUCGGACCAGAACUUCCAAUCGCUUCUCAAGAUAUCCUCACCGUUGAUUCUUCUAAACCGGUUCUCGCCGUCGUUGAUUUUCUCGACGGGUUCCAUCAGUUCACAGGGCUGCCUUGGUGGAUGGUUAUAGCCUCUUCCACUGUUGCUGUCAGAUUAGCUUUGUUGCCUUUGCUCGUUUUACAACUCAAGAAAUUGAAAAGGAUCUCAGAGUUGUUACCUCAGUUGCCUAUGCCUGUCCCGGAGAAACCAACAUUAAGAGGAUCUAUUGACCAGUUUUCUCUUUUUAUUAAAGAAAGUCGAGCCAUUGGUUGUCCCUCCUUUUUGUGGUUUUUCCCUUACUUAUCCGUCCAGCUCCCUUGCUUUUUCUUGUUGAUGGCUAGCAUCCGGAAGAUGUCACUAGAUGGUCAUCCUGGGUUUGAUUCUGGUGGUGCCUUAUGGUUCCAGAAUUUGAGUGAUCUUCCUGUUGGCUCUUUUGGACCAGUCUUUCCCAUUUUAAUUGCUGUCUUCCAUUACAUCAACAUACAGAUAUCUUUUGAUUCAUCUACAGUUCGUCAAACUACUGGCUUGACCGGGUUGCUCAUGAGAUAUUACAAGUUGUAUCUGGAGAUCCUAAGUGUUCCUCUGUUCUUUGUCGGCUAUGCUAUUCCACAGGGAAGUCUUGUCUAUUGGGUAACCAACAGUUCAGUAAGUAUAAUUCAGCAAUUAUCUCUCAAGCAUCCUACGGUAUUAGCAAAACUUGGUUUACUGGGUCAAGGGACCUCCUCUCCAGGCGUUGAGCACUCCAUGGAGAUCACUGAGUCUGUGAUCAAGUAUGUCGACUCAGACUUGAAAGAGCAGACCCUUUCCCUGCAGACGUUAGCACCAGAAGAACUUCUUUCUCUUUCAGUUCAGGUCUUGUCAAAAGGUGAUACAGAAACAUCCAUUCAGUUGCUUCGAUUAGCUCUGGAAAAGGAUCCUGGAUAUGUAAGAGGUUUGGUUCUCAUGGGGCAGACUUUGUUGCAGAAGGCGCAGUUGUCGGAAGCUACUGAAUAUUUAGAGCUUGCUAUCUCCAAGCUCCUUGAUGAGUCUGCAACUGAUGCUGAGGAUGUUGAACUUUUAGUGCUUGCAUCUCAGUGGGCUGGUGCUGCCUACGUACAACAGGGAAAUAUGAAAAGCGGAAUCAUACAUUUGGAAAGAGUGGCGAAACUGAAAGAACCAGGUGAUGCUAAAAGCAAAGAGCAUUACUUUGAAGCACUGCUGCUUCUUUCAAGCGCUUUGUACAAAGAAGGGCAGAGUCAUGAAGCUGCAAAGAUUUUACGAGUAGUGGUGGAUCACAAUCCGGCCUACAAACCUCUGCUAGAACAGUGUGAAGAUGAGAAUGAGCUCGUUAGCGAUCUUACAAGUAGCAGGAAGGAUCAUUUCUGACAAAAUCUCCAUUUUUUCUGUAAGUAUUUAUUUGAUUGAUACCUUCUCUCUUGGAGACCACAAUAAAUAGUUACUUAUAUCAAGUUGAAUAUUUACACGGUAUACUUGUAAGUACUUGAUAUUUAC